GAAAGAGAAACAAAGGACAAUGGAAAGGAUUAGGAUGACUUGCAAAAAUUGUGCAGGAUCGCCGAUAAAAACCACGCUUAUUGCGUUUCAUUUCAUCCUAGUAGAUAAUCGUUAACUAAAAAAUGCCUUCGGACCAGAGAAAGGGGGAAAGAAAACCUCUCCCUCCACUAUCUCCCGGACCAGUUCUGGACAUAUCAGAUGAGGAAUUGGUAACGAUUUCUGUCAGAGAUCUCAAUAGGCAACUCAAAAUGAGGGGUUUGUCGAGGGAUGACAUAGUUCGUAUGAAACAAAGGAGAAGGACUUUGAAAAACAGAGGCUAUGCAGCAUCUUGCAGAAUCAAACGAAUUGAACAAAAAGAUGAGUUAGAAACGGAGAAAACUCAUGAAUGGAGAGAUUUGGAGGGGACACAAGAGGAAGUAGUUACUAUGAAGGAUGAAAUGAUCAAUAUUGCCAGUAGAUUUGAGGCAUUAAAGAAAUUUGCUGCCAGCAAUAAGAUUUCAAUUCCACCUGAAUUUGAUACACUUUAAAAAUAUCCAUCUGCUGUAGAGAACUAGACAUUUCUAUAUCCUUAAACUGAAUUUAUGCAGGAACAUAAAUGGUAAAAACUCAAAGUAAUAAAAUACAUGGGAGCCUAAAAUACUCACUAACAAGAAAGAUGGCUCAUAUUUUACUUCACAACAUUUUGUACUCUAAUGUAGGCUGGGUAUCUAUGUAUUUUAUUGCUUUGAGGGUAUAAAUAUAAUCACAAAGAAUAACCUUGAAAUCUAGAAAAUUUUAUAUAAUUUCAAGUGCAUAUAGAUUGGACAAUGGAUUAUUGUUUAACAAUCCAUUUAUUUCUAAUGGAAGGUAGAAAUAUUUGAACUUAAAACGCGUACAGAAAAAUGUCCAUAUCCAAUUAAUCAUGAAAAAAUGGCAAUAUAAUAAUUUCUAUAUUAUACCAUAA